AGGACCAGAGCAACAUCAUGAAGCUGCUGAGGCACGGCGUCUACACUCUGCUGGUAUGUUGCAGUGCAUUGUGGGUCGCUCACUCCGAGGUUGAAACUGAAUCUGCAGCUGAAUGUGACACCAUGCUGACGUUCUCCUCUGAGAUCACCAGCUUGACUGAAGGAAACGGGGACAUCCACAGCAGAUCUCUGUCUCCGUGGAACUGGACGCCAAACACGGACAGAAACCGAAUCCCCAGGACGCUCUGGGAGGCCGAGUGCAGUACCAGCUUUUGUUCCAGUCCCAUCCCAGGACAGAAGGACCAACACAACCUGAACUCAGUCCCCGUCUACCAGGACAUUCUGGUCCUGACCUCACACAAUGGCCGGCGCUGCUACAAAGCAUCGUUCCGCUCUGUGGCGGUCGGCUGCACCUGUGUUCGAGCCGAGACCGAUCAGAAGUGAAGCCCAGGAAACAGAAAUGUUUCGAAAUAA